AUGGAAUUGUCGAUUAUACCCACUGGCUUAACGUAUAAUAGUCGGCCGUGGCGUCAAUUGGUUAUGUUGUAUAAUUUCCAUUAUCAAUAUGGGCUGCCACCAAAACCCAUCUAUUGGUGGGAUAAAUGGGAUAAACGUAAUUUAAAUGGUAAUCUGGGACCCUUGACAUAUUCAGAAGAUGAAUUUCAAACAGAUGAGGCACAACUGUUUCUCUAUACAUUUGCUGAGAAUCUUAUGCAUCGACAUGGUGGAAAUGGUCGAGAGUGUCUGCUGAAGGCAAUAUGUGAAAAUGCCCAAAUCGAUGUACAUCAGGGAUUGUAUGCCGAACUGUUGUAUCGAUUUUUAAGACCCCAUCGAAACUUGGACUCAUAUUAUGUUGAUGCCUGGCAUAUGGGUCUCAAAGGUGUCGAUUGUCAAUCGAAUUAUCCAAAAGCCACCAAUUGCCUACUGGAUAAAUAUACCCAUGUUCGUGAGGAAUAUAUGGGCUAUACUACAGUAAAAUAA